AUGGAUGGCGGUGCUGACAUUGACGUUGACGAGGACGAAUUUCUAGUUCUCGACGAGGAUGACGAGCUGCGCGCGCAGCGAAUCAGCGCGGCAGGAGAAGGGACCUCUGACGAGGGUCACGCCCUUCGGGACUUCUCCAAGAUGCAUCUGAAGGAGGACCACUCGCAGCGCCCCAUGUGGGUGUGUCCGGACGGACGAAUCAUCCUGGAGACCUACUCGCCCCUCUACAAACACGCCUACGACUUUCUAAUCGCAAUUGCCGAGCCAGUCUGCCGUCCAGAGAACGUGCACGAGUACAAUCUCACGCCCCACUCCCUGUACGCAGCGGUCUCAGUGGGUUUGGACACCAACACAAUCAUAUCAGUGCUCGACCGCCUCUCCAAGACUAAACUCUCCCCUGACAUCAUCACCUUUAUCCGCGAGUCCACUCAGAACUACGGGAAAGUGAAGCUGGUGCUGCAGCGCAACAAGUACUUUGUGGAAUCGCCGUACCCCAAUGUGCUUCGAGAGCUCUUGCGAGACGAUGUGAUUCGCCGAGCCAGAAUCUUGCCGUCAGUUAAUGCUCAGGGGCCAGCAGGGGACGCGUUUGCAGUGCAGCAGGGGGGAGCGGCGGACGGGUCAGCAGCAGCACUUACGCAUGCGCUCAUGGGGGCGGGGGAGGACGUGGGCGGGGCAGCGGACGAUGGGGAGUUUCACUCGUUCGAGAUCGACCCCUCUCAGGUGGAGUGUGUGAAGCAGAGGUGUCUUCCCAACGCCCUCAACUACCCCAUGCUGGAGGAAUAUGACUUCAGAAACGACUCGGUGAAUCCUGACGUGGACGUGGAGUUAAAGCCACAUGCGCAGCUUCGGCCGUACCAAGAGAAGAGCCUCAGCAAGAUGUUUGGCAACGGUCGAGCGCGUUCAGGCAUCAUAGUGCUGCCCUGCGGUGCAGGAAAGUCCCUGGUGGGAGUGUCAGCAGCGGUGCGCAUUCGAAAGAGCUGCCUGUGCCUGGCGACCAAUGCAGUGUCGGUGGAUCAGUGGUGCCUGCAGUUCAAAAUGUGGUCCACGAUCAAGGAUCAACAUAUCUCAAGAUUCACCUCUGAUACCAAGGAGAUGUUCCAGGGCGAUGCAGGUAUUGUGGUAACCACGUUCAACAUGAUUGCGUUCGGAGGGAAGCGGUCGGCAGAAUCGAAUAAAAUCAUCGAAGCCAUCCGAUCGCGCGAGUGGGGCUUGCUGCUCAUGGACGAGGUGCACGUGGUGCCAGCUCAGAUGUUCCGGAAGGUCAUUGGCAUCACCAAGUCGCACUGCAAGCUGGGAUUGACAGCCACUCUGGUGCAAGAGGACGAGCUAGUCGCGGAUCUCAACUUCCUGAUUGGUCCCAAACUGUACAAAGCCAACUGGCUGGACCUGGUGCGAGGGGGAUACACCGCCAACGUGCAAUGCAUGGAGGUGUGGUGCCCCAUGACUCGCGAGUUCUAUGCAGAGUACAUCCGAGCCGAUGCAAGAAAGCGCCAGGGUCUGUACGUGAUGAACCCCAACAAGUUCCGAGCAUGCGAGUACCUGAUUCGUUUUCACGAGGAGCAGAGGCGAGACAAGAUCAUUGUGUUUUCGGACAACCUGUUUGCUCUGGAGCAGUAUGCGCGGAAGCUCAACAAGCCCAUGAUCUACGGGCCUACCAGCCAUGCAGAGCGCACUCGAGUGCUCUAUGCCUUCAAGAACAGCCCCAACGUCAACACCGUCUUCCUCUCCAAGGUGGGGGACAACUCGAUUGACAUUCCAGAGGCCAACGUGAUCAUCCAGAUCUCAUCCCACGCGGGGUCAAGGAGGCAGGAGGCGCAGCGGCUGGGGCGCAUUCUGAGGGCCAAGGGGCGGAAGGAGGACCGGAUGGCGGGCGGCACGGAGCACUACAAUGCGUUCUUCUACUCGCUGGUCUCGACCGACACUCAGGAGAUGUAUUACUCGUCCAAGAGGCAACAAUUCCUCAUUGAUCAAGGUUACUCCUUCAAGGUGGUAACAUCGCUGCCCCCACCAGGGGAGGGGGACGACCUCUGCUACACGUCCAAGCAGGAGCAGCUUGAUCUGCUCUCCACGGUGUUGAGCGCAGGGGACGAAGCACUAAGGGAGGAGGUACUAGCGGAGGACUAUGACGACCUGAGCCACGUGCCCACCAUCGUGAGGCGCUCCGCUGCUUCCAUGAGCGCCAUGUCCGGCGCGCAGGGGCGGUCUUACAUGGAGUUCAGUAAGCAGUUUCUUUCCUUUGUCUUAUUUGAGUUCUCUCGCCACAUCAUCCUUCUCUUCCUGUUGCCUUUCACCUAA